AACGAAUUUUACUAGCAGCUACUUGACAGAGGUGAGCAGUGCUGGAGAGAAUUUGUCGAUGCAGAGACUAGUGGAGAAGAAGUACGAUUUAGAUUGGGCCGGACUUUCGUCAUCUUCUUCGAGCAUGACAAGUUCAUCUUGCGGAGAGCCGAUGCGACCCACACCAUCAACAGGAACUACAAGCAGUCAGCACUUUACCCCGCAGAAAAACGUGCUGCAGUGGAACAAAACUUGCGACUUCAACUAUUGUGAGGAAAAAUGUCCCCACCCCACAGUUGUCAUGCAAUUCUGCAUGCCAAAAAAGUUUCUCAUGCGGAGCUCAAUGAGAAGCGUUUUCUAUUCGCGUUUUGGAAUUUAUGAUGCUAGAAUCAGCGUGCUAUGCUAGAUCUGUGAUGCUUCUGAACUAGCUAAACAGGAUUACACUACCCGGACAAACCUGUCAUGCCAAACAACCAAAGCUGGUCGAUUUGUCUAGCACAUUUCCCAUCUUGACUCUGGUGUGGGGAUGUUUUUCAUCAGGAUAUCAACGGGGACUUCCUCUACGGUUUUCGGUCCUGGAUCUACAUCCCUUUGCAGCCGCCCAUCACGAGCGGGAAUUUCUGGUUGGUACAGCUACUAAAACC